GCUCGGCGGCGGCGGUGCGCACUAGCGUAGAGACUCCGAAGCCAUGGUGGUGGUGGCACCCGCGCAGAGCCCGGCCGCCGGGGCCCCCAAAGUACUGCUUCUGUCCGGCAAGCCUGCCGCCGCCGCCGCUGCCGUCGGAGCCCCGGCCGGCCGGGCUCUGCCACUCAUGUUGCCGGGCCAGCAAGGGGCCAGCCCGGAGGCAGAGAGCGGGGAGCCACCCCAGGCGCGCAAGCGACAGCGCCUCACACACCUGAGCCCCGAGGAGAAGGCGCUGCGGAGGAAACUGAAAAACAGAGUAGCAGCUCAGACUGCCAGAGACCGAAAGAAAGCUCGAAUGAGUGAGCUGGAACAACAAGUAGUAGAUCUGGAAGAAGAGAACCAAAAACUUUUGCUAGAAAAUCAGCUUUUACGAGAGAAGACUCAUGGCCUUGUAGUUGAGAACCAGGAAUUAAGACAGCGCUUGGGGAUGGAUGCCCUGGUUACUGAAGAGGAGACAGAGACCAAGGAGAAUGGAGCGAGGCCGGUGGCCGGGUCUGCUGAGUCCGCAGCACUCAGACUACGUGCAUCUGCAGCAGGUGCAGGCCCAGUUGUCACCCCUCCAGAACAUCUCCCCAUGGAUUCUGACGGUGUUGACUCUUCAGACUCUGAGUCUGAUAUCCUGUUGGGCAUUCUGUUCAACUUGGAUCCAGUCAUGUUCCUCAAAUGUCCUUCCCCAGAGUCUACCAGUCUGGAGCAGCUGCCGGAGGUCUACCCAGAAGGACCCAGUUCCUUACCAGCCUCCCCUUCUCCAUCAUUGGGGACGUCAUCAGCCAAGCUGGAAGCCAUUAAUGAACUGAUUCGUUUUGACCAUGUAUAUACCAAACCUCUAGUCUUAGAGAUACCCUCUGAGACAGAGAGCCAAGCUAAUGUGGUAGUGAAAAUUGAGGAAGCACCUUUCAGCCCCUCAGAGAAAGAUCACCCUGAAUUCACUGUCUCAGUGAAGGAAGAACUUGUGGAAGAUGACUUCAUUCCAGAGCUGGGUAUCCCAGAUCUACUUUCAUCCAGCCACUGCCUGAAGCCAUCUUCUUGCCUACUGGAUGCUUAUAGUGACUGUAGAUAUGAGGGAUCCCCUUCCCCUUUCAGCGACAUGUCCUCUUUGCUUGGUGUAGACCAUUCUUGGGAGGACACUUUUGCCAAUGAAUCUGAUUAGUGUUUAAGGAAUGAUCCAAUACUGUCCUUCUCCUUGACUUUUACACUGCCUGGAAGAUAGCAAAGAAGCCUGUCUGUGCUUCAUUCAAAAAGCCAAAGUGGAGGGUGUAUAGUCCUAGAGGAUUCCUCUAAAGUAUUUGUUCAAACCUCACAGGUCACCUCAAGUAUUGUCUUUUGACAUUCAGCAGUCCAAGGUACUCAUAUAUUACUAUAAUCCAGAAUUCCAGCUUUUGAGGUACCUUUAUCUUAAGGGCAGUAAUUUGCCCUAAUACUUAUAUAAGGGACAUUGGACAAGGGUCUUAGAUGUGGAAUUUAUGAAUGGCCCUUUAUCAUUUCUCUUCCUCAGCAUCCCAGGCUUGCCUCCAAUUUUAGGUCUUUAGGUCCUUUAGUUUAUUUCUGCAAGCAGAGAGAAUACCUACCUGAGGGGGUCUUUUUCCCUCAUGUACAGUCAAUUAAAGAUCACGAAUCUUUUGUAUAAUUAUAGAAAUUUACUAUGUAAAUGCUUGAUGGAAUCUUUCCUUGCUAGUCAAACUCUUGGAAGGUGCUUUCUCCAUUUAUUUAAAACUACCGUGCAAUUAAAAAGUGCAAUGCAAUUUC